AUGGCCCUCUUACCCUCAUAUCAGGAAGCUACCAGUGGGCCAGAUUGGUUGAAUCUGGUGGCACCCUACUGCAAAUUUGAGGACUACCGUGCCUUGUGCCAAGUCAGCCGCCAAUUCCGACGUGUUUUUGCUCCUCGCCUGUGGCGAGAUCUACUUCACUCGGCGCGACUCACUGGUCUAGAUCCUGGCGAUGAUUUGACUUGGUGGUUUGACUUUGUAUUCAAUAAGCUUGAACGAGUGCAAAUCUGGACUAGAGAACUUGUACAAGUUCUAGAUGCUAGAUUCUUUGCUAAGGAGUCCUACGACUUCUCAUCAGAUCAACAAGAAAGGACGCUGACAAGAAGUUGGCAGCGUGCGGUAACUUUAUUACCAAAUGUCAAAGCUAUACUUCUCGAUGGGCAUGUCGAUAUAGACCAUGCAGCAUUAAUAGGGUCCAGAUCCGACGUGUUGCGACUCAACCAUCUUCGGCUUCUCUCAAUCAAAGAUUGCUCUUAUCAUCUCCCCACCGUCUUCUUCAGUACCCCACAUCUUCAAACGCUGGUAUAUCUCGACAUAUCCAGGCUCCCAGGCUCAUUAUCCUCCCUGCUUCACCCUGGGAUAUUACCAGCUCUGCGAAUACUGAAAGCGAGAGACCGGGAACUAGACGACUCUGCAUUGCAUGCUCUAAUCACGCACUUUGGGCUACGACUUUGGAGCCUAGAUGUCAGUAACAACAAAAUCUCGGAUGUCUCGAUUCAGACUCUUAGGGAUUGGUGUCUACCAGUCUCACAGCUGCGUGAAAUUGAGCAUAUGCAGGUUGAAGGGAAAGUAAUUCCGCAUGGUGGAGGAACACCAGACUACGGGCCCUUUUUGUCAAUACAAGAGUCUGAUUUCAGCGAGUCCUUCUCUCACCCGGAGCGAUACUUUGUCGACGCCCCAGCUUAUACAAAGGAUGUAGGUGCUUCAAUACAAGAGCAUCACAUUCAUAGGUUGGAUGGAAGCACAAUGAUUCGGAAAGAUAGUGCCGAUGCUGCGAAAGAUGUAUUGUGCCACGAGGAUGCAGACCAUGUGCGGAUAGAUGAGUACCAAACAUCUAAUGGGACCACCCAUCUGCGUCUGUCUCACAACCGUAUCUCAGCUCUCGGUAUACAAAGGCUCCUGCGUAUAUCGAAUGGCCACAUCGAGGACCUCGCAUGCGAUGACAUGCCACUACUGCCGAAUGGUGGGAGCUAUUGUAAAGCCUGGCCGUCCGAUGUGCACCUCGAUGGGAUAUUGGGUGCAACAUCUUUCUUUCGACCUGUCUUCUCAUCCAACCUCCGAGUUCUUAGAAUUCAUCAUUCUCUAGUGACCAACAUACCGACUUUGAGGACAGGGGGACUAUCAUCCUUGGCGCGGGUGUUUCUGGCCGAAACGACCAUCUUACGGCGUGUGGACCGCGCAUAUCCUCAGACGUUCAUACCGGAUAUGAACCCACGUCUGAUAUCUCUGACUUUGACAUGUCUCCCACGCCGCUCAUCCGGACCAUUGAUAUCACGCUUGGUACACUUCCUCAAGCUACUUUCGACUCAAGAACGCGGUAUUCAAGACGCGUUGGCGAACGCGUCGACGCGGCAUAGCCCCGGCAUUCUGCAGGGUCUGAGACACUUGCGGUUAGAAUUCGAGGCUGAUUCUAUGGAAGACGGCUUUUCUGCGUCGGAAGAUCUUGAUGCACAGGAAUUAAUGAAUAGUGGGGAAAAAGUCUUCAGUUUCUUUGAGAACGAACGGAAAGAGAAUCGAUCACGGGCGAGUAGGCUGGGGUCUUACUCUAAAAGAGAGUUGAAUUCCAAAGGGGUGGGGGAAUUUAAUGCGGUGGCAGGCAGUCACCAAGCAUCUGGGUCUGACCGAGACAACCCGGAGUUUGUCACGUAUGAUGGUGACUGGAAUGGAGAGCCUUGCUCUAUUCAGGUGUGGGCAGGUCCAAGGGACUCAAAUGCAUCGGACGUGCUGAAAGAUUAUCGACGCUUGGUUCUUGAGCGCAACAUCAGAGAUGGUGUUGGUCCAACAACACCAACUCAAGUAUUAGCUGGAGCGCCGCCACAGUCGUUCAUCUUUCAUGUGGCGUGGAGCGCCGCGGUCGUGCCGCCGGUCCUGACGCCUCCAACUAUUGACGAACUUGCUGGAAUGGGUGACGUGCUAGAUGUUCUCAAGAAAUAUCGUUUGAGUGGUCGAGCCAGCUAUGUGCAGCACAAGAAGCUGGCUGAAAUGGAAGGUCGAUUUGCUACGCUCGGAGAGCCUCACUACUUUUGGACUGGACGAUUGGAGGUCUCAACUGAACCUACAAAACCACUUUCACGGCCAUCACAAUACUGGAGAUGA